AUGUCCGAGCAGCUAACAAAAGAGGGAUCUAAUCUAAUUGACCCUGGAGCCGUUGCGGCCGCUGCGGCGGUUGUAUUGUCUGAAGUCACCCAGACUGCUGAUGCUCCAAAGCAGACCAAUGAUGGAAAUCAGUCUACGCACGAAGAAGAGCAGGAUGAUGAUGACAACGUAGACGGUGAAGAUGGCGAUGACGGAGGUGACGAAUAUGGCGAUGAUGAGGAUGAUAACAUCUCUAUUAAUGGUGCCAAUGGAUCAAAUUUGACCCCUACACAAAAGCGGAAGCUGAGGAGGAAAAAGGCCAAGCAGAGAGAGCAGGAGGCUUUGCAGGCGGCCGGUAUUACUCCAGCUCUUAGUGGCGCUGCUGCUAGUGCCAUUGGUAAUGGAUCAUCAUCGAGUAACAGUUCACAGCCAGCGCCAGGUAUAGCGUCAGUCUCGACCUCAAGUGCCCCCAUUAUUCCACCUGCUUCAGCUGUUUCACUGACUAGGUUGCCUCCAGGUACUGCCCUACCUACAAAACGAAAGAGACUCCCGAACGAUACAAUUGGAAUUCUAGAAGAUGAAAUUGAAGAAAAUCCCGAGGAUAUUGAUAAAUGGUCGCCAUUGGUGCGUGAACUAAAGGCGAAGGAUAAGGUCGAUAGCCUGCGCAAUGCAUUUGAGAGAAUGGUUGUAUACUUUCCAACAUCCUCAGAUAUUUGGAUGGAUUAUCUUGAUUUAGAACAGUCUAAUGGUGAAUUUCAGAAAGUUGAACAGUUGUUUGCCCGCUGUCUGCCAAAAAUUCUCAACGUUGAGCUUUGGUCUUACUAUUUGGCCUAUAUUCGUCGUAUCAAUAACAUCAAUAUUGAUGGAGACAAGGCUCGAACAACUAUCUCUCAAGCAUAUGAGUUUGUACUUGAUAGAGUUGGGUUUGAUAUUGAUAGUGGUCCUAUUUGGAACGAUUACAUUGAGUUUAUCAAAUCGCGCGAAGCUGGCACGUCAUGGGAGCAGCAGCAAAAAAUGGAUUUAUUACGUAAAACCUACAGGAGAGCGAUUUGUAUCCCAUUAUCAGGUCACUUAGAACGGCUCUGGCAGAACUAUUCGACUUUUGAGACAACCCUUAAUGCAAACACCGCCAGAAAGUUCACUGCAGAAGUCAGCGGUACUUACAUGAACGCUCGAUCUAGCCUCAGAGAAAUGGAAAAUAUUUUCACUGGUAUGCCCAGAACCACUAGUCCCGGUCUUCGUCAAUGGAGUAAAAAGGAACAAAAGAUUUAUGAAAAAUGGGAGCAAUGGAUAGACUGGGAGAAAAGAAACCCAUUAAGCACUGGAAACAAGGCGCUUGUAGAUGCUCGAGUUACUUAUGCUUAUAAACAGGCGGUAAUGACUCUAAGAUAUUUCCCUGAGGUUUGGUACAGCUUCUCCCUAUAUACAUUGGGUAGAGGGGAUCUAUCCACAGUUUCGGCAGCUAGUGCACCUGGUGCACUUGCGAGUUCCAACAGCUCAGUGGAUGCCGCUCUGGAAAUUUUGAGGAAUGGACUACAAGCAAAUCCUUCGAGUUUUCUUCUUUCUUACAAAGCAGCCGAGCUAUUGGAGAAGGAAUCACGAUAUGAUGAGCUGAAGGUCAUCUAUGAAAAUCUCAUUGCACGAUACAAGCUGGAAAGAGAGAAAAUGGUCAUUCAGAAUGAACAAUUCUAUAUUCUUCUUAAUGAGGCCCAUGUUUAUGCUACAACUCAACUGUCGUUGAAUGGCAAGAGUAAAAAGGAGCGUAAAGCAGAGAAACAUAUCACUCAAAAGGAGGCAGAAAUCCACUCGGUAUCUCGUAGCAUAACUCUUGCAUAUACAGAGUACAUGAAGACUGCCAAAAGGAGUCAAGGUAUCAAGGAGGCACGUAGAGUAUUUGGUGAAGCUCGUCGGUUACCAUACACUACUCAUCACAUCUUCGUUGCAUCAGCUAUGAUGGAAUACCAUAACAACAAGGAGGCUGAUAUUGCUGAUAAAAUUUUUGAGCUUGGGCUGAAAAGAUUUUCUGAAAACUCUGAAUACGUGAAGGUAUAUUUUGAUUUCCUCAUCCUUACCAAUGAUGAAACCAAUGCCCGAGCUUUGUUUGAAAAGUCUAUUAGCAAAAUGCCAAUUGCUGCAGCAAAGCCACUUUACGAGCAUUUCAUGAAGUUCACCGCCAACCAUGGCGAGCUGGCAGCUUUGUUAACUUUAGAGGAGAGAUUUUCUAAAAUGUAUCCUGACGAGAGCCCUAUGUCCAUUUUUGCACGCAGGUUCAGAAUUCCAGAGUAUGACCCUAUCGAAGACAAUGAUUUGCGACCAAAUUACAACAACCACAGUUUGCAGCAGAGAUAUCAGCAAAUUCAGCAAAUUGAAAGUACAUCUAUACUGGGUAGUAGUGGUGGUGAUGGUGACGAUGAAAGAAGUGACAGAGGUGAUCGAAAGCGUGGUGGUCGUGGUGGUGGAAGGCGUAAUCGCGACGAAGAAAGUGACGAUGAACGUCCAAUGAAGAGAAUCCGCGAGUCUACCGGAUUUUCUAAUAGUAGUGGAUUUUCUACUACCUCAUCUUUGGAACAGGCAUCCACCAAUAUCAUUCCGUCUGGAAUCCUGAAUCUCUUGAAGGCCCUCCCACCGCCAGAGUACCUUGACGGCUCUGUCUCUUUCGAUGCUAUGAAACUGACAGAUUUAAUUCGUGAUACAACUAUUCCUGAUAACUUGCUUUAG